AUGUCAGCACAACGCCAGGCUUCAUCAGCUUCACAAACCCCACAGCUAUCCCCAGCUGAGCUCUCCUACCUGUAUACGUCCCUCUCUCUUCCCAAAAGCCCGAUUCGCCCAGACGGCCGCUCACCAACACAAUUCCGUCCUCUAAGCGCCGAGUCUAACAUUCUGCCCGGAACAAAUGGUAGCGCGCGCAUUGGUUUUGCAGAUGGUACACAGGCUAUUGUCGGCGUCAAGGCUGAGGUGGAGAAGACUGUCCACUCGAUAGACACACUCGAGACGCGGGGUACAUCACAGCAAGAGGGUCCUAACAGUGAGGGUGGCUCUGCUGCAUUGUCCGGCCAGGGAUCGUGGGUGCAGAUGUCUAUUGAGAUUCCUGGGUUCCGAGAUGACGAUGCCCUGCCUGUUUUCCUGUCUGAGAUGAUGCGCGAGGCGCUUGUUGGAUCUGUGACUGGUUCGGCUGCUGAUAAAAGUGAUAUGUCUGGUGGUUUGAAGGGUCGACUGGUCAUUAAUAAAGGGUGGCAUUGGCGGUUGUAUAUUGAUGUCCUUCUUCUUUCGCAACCCUUGUCAUAUCCUCUUCCCCUCCUCUCUCUCACCACACAUCUCGCUCUGCUAUCAACCAAACUGCCAAAACUCAAGUCCAAAGGCGAAGAAGAUCCUUUUUUCGACGACGACUGGGCUGCUGCUGAGUAUCUGUACCAGAGAGCUUCGUCAACUCUGACAAGAUCCGUCCAAUCACAUGCCCGACCACCGGUGACCCUCCUCGUGAUUUCUGUCGGUGAGAACGUCAUCUUCGAUCCUACCCGCGAGGAAAUCGCAGUCGCAGACGCAGUGCUCGCUAUAUCAAUCACGCGCGACAGCGAUACAAACGGUCUGAAGCUACUUUCGCUCCGCACUAUUGAUCCUCCAUCCCGUCUUACCCAGCCUGGUAUGCCAAAUUCUGCGAAUGUGACUCUGCUUGGUACUGGCCCUCCUACUCCUGCUGUCGAGGAUAUUCCUAUGCUUAACCCUGUUACAGGAGAGCAGGAGAUUCCUGGUGUGUGGCGCCCUCGACGAGGCGGCGUUAAGCGCAGUGUUAUCUCUGAUUUAGUAAAGACGGUCUUGAAGAAGGGUGGUGUUGGUGAGGAGGUGCUGGAGGGAUUAGAGGGUGUGCAGGUUGACUAG